AACAAUGAGCGAUGAACAAAGUGACAGUUCAUUCGGUUUGCCUCUGUGUCUCUCUUUCUCUCCGUAUGUUUUUCUUCUUCUUCAUUUCUCUUUUAUUUACUAUCGUCACCGAACCAAUACACUCUCAUGCCACUCUAUAUAUUACCACUACAAACCGGCUGGCUUCUAUUGACAAAGGCGACCGAGUAUUCGCACUUCUCGGACUUGAGUGUAUCGUCAACUGCAUGUAUAAUUCAGUCGAAGGCAACGACAUUAGUAGGUUGAGUCGUGCUCACACACUUCGUUCAUAUACACACAAUAAACUCUAGCGUUGCACGACACACAAAAUUGGCUCUCAUUUAAUUCAUUAAAUUAAACUCUAGUAAAAUUUUACUAUUUUGUUUGUGCGUUCGUUUUCUUCUUAUUCGUUUCAAUUGUUUAUUACCCGUUGUGAAGUGCAAACAGUUAGAUUGUGUUGUGAAAAGCGGCCGACUGCUAAUCUUUUCCAUUCGAAUUGAAAAUCUUUUCCAAACAAACGAAAAAAAAAUCUGUGUAAAAGAAAAUGAAAAGAGUUAAAAAGUGCUGAAAGUGUUCGUUCCCAUUGUGAGUGCGUGUGUUUUUUUUUUCUCUCCCGUGUGUGUUUUCUCUUCGUUUUUUUUUACCAAUUGGUUUCAGGGUUAUUUCGAUAGUUUUUCCAUUGGUCAAACAAAUUGGCACAAGUAUUGUAAAUUGUGUUGGGCAAAUGUUUGAAUGAAAAAAAAAUCCAAAAUGAAACAAAGGAAAUUCAGUGUGCGCGACACCAGUUCUAGUUCUAGCGAGUGCAAUGGCCACGUAAAAUUGUUCAAAGAAAUCAACAGCGACAUGUUUGUACGAAGUACAAACGGAAACCGCCGCAUACGAAAUUGUGAAAUUGAAAUUGAUAAAACAAAAGGCAAGUGUUUACGGACACAGCCCCAAAUGAAAUACAACAGAUCUCAGCGGUGCCUAGAACAUAAUAGUAUAGUACAAAACCGUAUGAUGAAUAAUGGGCUGGCGAUUUAUUCUGAAUUUGCAUUCCAUCGAAUUAUUCAUUUCGUUGUCGUCAUUGUUCUACUGUUCGCGGUUGGCUCUCCAGUGCGCGGUCAGCAACAACAACAACAGCAGCCAGAAUUGCGACAGAUAGUACGAAACACAGACAUAUUCAGCAUACAUAAAACGCAUUCGGUAAUUCAGCCAAUAAUAUUUGAUGGCACAAAUCAGCGCAAAAUACUGACAUCAACGCGACAAACGAAUGGCGAACACGCACGCCACAUCAUUUUGGAGUACACACAUCUGGACAAGGCGAUUGUUGCUGAUUUAUUUUUAGCCCAUGGCUUAUUAACCGACCGACAUUUUUUGCGAACCCAAAAUGCCAACGGAUCGCAAAACAUUCAAACAUUCAACGGGAGCAAUUCCAAUUUAUGUCACUAUCAAGGUCGCAUACGGAACAAUCCCGAUUCAAUUGUGGUAUUAUCAACUUGUAAUGGCAUCACUGGAAUGAUAUACGACAGCAAUGACACCUAUUUCAUUCAUCCAAAUGAUGAGAGUGGCCUACAGGAACCGCACUAUCUCUUUAGCCAAAGUCAAAUGGAUGAAAUGCAUCCAAUCGUUAAGAAUUCAGUGUUUGCUGACCCGAUCAUCAUAGCCGAAAUGCCGAAGAAAAAGAUCAAACGAUCUGUGACCGAAGCUCCAGUACGCGAGCCGUACAACGCAAAUCGGCGAUCAUCAUUUGUGGAAAUGGUGAUCGUUGUCGACAACGGUGUGUAUAAAAAAAUGGGCGAAAACCUCGAUAAAGUUCACAAAUACUGCAAAGAUAUUGCGAACAUCAUCAAUUCGCUUUACGCGCCGCUGAACAUUUUCGUGGCAUUGGUCGGUGUUGUUGUGUGGACGGAGAAAAAUGAAAUCGAAUUGUCUAGUGAUGGAGACAAAACGUUGAAGAAUUUUUUGACUUAUCGACGCAAAGUACUAAUUAAAGAUCAUCCGAACGAUAAUGCGCAAUUAUUGACUGAAAUUCAAUUUGAAGGCGGUGUUGUUGGCAAAGCGCUGAAGGGACCAAUUUGCACGUUUGAAUUUUCUGGGGGUGUUUCAACUUAUCAUAGCGAAAUUGUUAGUGUCGUAGCAACAACGAUUGCACACGAAAUGGGCCAUAAUUUUGGCAUGGAACAUGAUACAUCGGACUGUAAAUGCGACGAUGAGCGAUGCAUUAUGUCGGCAUCGAGUUCAUCGAUUGCACCAACUCGAUGGAGUGAAUGCAGCAUACAUCAGUUGAAUUUGGCAAUUCAUCAGGGAAUGAAUCACUGUUUGAAAAAUGUCCCAACACAUCUAUACGAACCGCCCACGUGCGGAAAUGGUUUCGUUGAAACGGGCGAAGAAUGUGACUGCGGUCUACCGGGUGUUUGUAAGAAUACAUGCUGUGAUCCGUAUACAUGUAAACUUUAUUCGAAUGCUACGUGUGCUACGGGAAAAUGCUGUGAUUUGACUACGUGCCAGCUGCAUGAGCCCGGUUUUGAAUGCCGUACAGCGGUUGGAGAGUGCGAUUUGCCUGAAUAUUGUGAUGGAAAUAGCGAAUUUUGUCCAAUCGACUAUUUCAAGCGUGAUGCUGAAGUGUGUGAAGGCGGUAAAGCAUAUUGUUACAAUGGUUCGUGCAAAUCACGCGAUGAUCAAUGCAAGAUGUUAUGGGGACCUUCCGGCAAAUCCUCUGAGCAGUGUUAUGAGAAAAACGUUGAGGGCUCACGGCAUGGGAAUUGCGGUUUCAAUCGAUCCGCUAAUGUUUACAACGGUUGUGCCAAAGCGGAUAUAUUUUGUGGAAUGUUGCAAUGCCGUCAUCUAAACGAACGACUCGAAUUUGGUUUGGAAUCGGUGGCCGUUUUAUCGCAUAGCUUCAUAACGUAUGGCGGUAGUAUUAUUCCGUGUCGAACGGCAGUUAUCGAUUUGGGCUUGGAAACCGUUGAUCCAGGACUUGCACCAGAUGGCUCAAAGUGUGACGACGGGAAAUUGUGUGUUAGUCAGAAAUGCGUCGCAAUUGAAACACUUCGUGCGGCGGACAAAGCGAAAAUGUGCGACAAUGACUGUAAUAAGCAUGGAGUAUGUGAUAACAUUGGACAUUGCCAUUGUGAAAAAGGAUUUGCGCCACCGUUUUGUGAUGCACCGGGAGCCGGAGGAAGUAUUCACUCUGGACCAGCUUCAAAUCCAUACGACGGAUACGGUUUUGUUCGCGUUAUGUACGUCUUCUUCUUGGGCGUCGUACCGUUUAUUUCGUUGUCGCUGUUCCUGUUCUACUAUUGGCGACAGAAUCGUCCAUGGUUUAUCAAUCAGACAUCAGCUAAUGAUCUGAAAAUUUCGGUUCGUCAUCACCCCGAUCGGCCGGCUCCACCUCCACCAUCUGCACCAUCAUCGCAUCAACUAUCGCCCAGCAGCACUGAUGAUAUGAAUGCAACGCUUCUGAAGGCGAACGAAGCCAAUGAAGACCCAAUAAAACGGGAACUUUUCGGAAGUUUCAAAGGAUUUUCCCUAAAACCACUGCCAAUGACAAAGCCAAACAUUAUCGGAGGCUCAAAUGUUGCAUACGUUCACCCAGUCGCCAAAACCGAGACGAUCAACGAACAAUGCGUACCAAGCCGUGCUGCACCGCUGCCACCAGUAUCCAAUUCGCCAAAAAAGGCAACAGUAAAAUCAUCGUCGGUGUCUGUUCCGAAAUCGUCUCCAUCAUCGUUUCGCUAUCAGAAUAUAAAUACGUCUCCUAAAAAGACACCAGAAACCCCCAUCGAAGUGAAGCUAUUCGCUUCGAAAAGUGAUGCAAAGGAACGGCCAAAAAUUUCUCAUCCCGUUUUAGAAAAUUCAACUUGUUCCGUAAAAGAGCUCAUUGCUACAGCCAAUGCAAAUAAAAGUGCUCAAAAUAGUUCAUUCAACACAUUGCCAAAACCUAAUACAGUGCCGAAUGCUGCGCAAAAGCCAAAUGAGCCUAACUCUUUAUUGAAAAAGCCGCUGACUCAAAAGAACUCUGUGACAAAGCUUGAUAUAUCGGCUCCGAUGAAGGCAGUCUCAUUUGGUCGGUCACAAAGUAUGCGAAGUCCAUCAACUGAAAAAGCUCAAGUGAAGCGAAAUGUGCUUGCAUCAGGUUCGAUGCGUCAUCCACCUGGAACAAAACGUGUCAAUGUCGUUGAUCGACCGAAGAAUCCACCACCACCAAGACCGGCCAAUUUACCGGGUUCAAGUGCCUCAUCACUCAGGAAUAUCUAUGCAAACACGAAUGGCGAUGGCAGCUCAGUUGAUAACAGCACCGAUAACAUUUAUGCGGUUAUUGAAGAUGUCCAAGAAGUGCCACCGCCACCCAGCAACGGAUUAUUAAAUGAGAUUGUUAAUGAAAUUGAAAACCGUAACAAAAACUCAAUCUAUUCAACGUCCACGAAUAAGGGUAAAAUUCCAAAUGAUGAACAAACCACCUAUGAAAAUAUUAGUCAAAAUCCGAAGAAAAAUGGGAGCAUAACAGCAUUACCACCAGCGAAUAGCCACAAAACAACACCUGAAACUAGUAAUAUUUAUAUGAAUGCACCGUCGGGAGCUGAGCAACCACUCAUUCAAAAUACAACUAAAGUCACAAAAUCUAUUGAAAAAUCCCAUAAACCAAAUGUAAAUUCGAUUGUCAAGAAACUGUCGGCGAAUGGGCCGGGUAGCGCAAAACCAGUGAUUGCCACCAAACCAUCCAUUUCAAAUUUGAGCGAUCAGAAAAAUGGUUCGAAUAAGGAAACUAGUCAAACUGAUUCCACGAAGAAACCAUAUCUGCCGAGAACAAAUUCGAAUGUGGCGGCAAGAGUGGCGAACGCAUCGGGUAAAGCAACCAUAAAUCCGAUAUCAAGUGUACGUGCAAUGCACAAACGCUUUGAAAAUCGAAAUGCAUUUCUUCUUCAAUGGAAAAAUCAUGUCAAUUUUCAAUCAAUUGAUUAUAUAAAAGGUAGACUCGAUUCGAAUCAAUCAUCAGUUCAAUCGUUCCAUUCAGUUCGUAAACAUCUUUCAUUUGUGUUAAGAACCGGCAGAAUGCUGAAAGUGUUAUUGGCGGUGUGUGUGGUUGGCAUUACCUGCGCACAAGUUUAUAUUCCAACGGGAGUGUCGACGCAGUCUGGAAUCCUUCGUAAUGUCCCCACAACAUUAGUCCGUUUACCGGCCAGUACAUACCUGUCUGAUGGAAAUCGUGCAUAUUUGGCUGCACCAGUUCCAUUCCAGUUUGACCAACGUUUGAAUAAUAAUAAUAACAACAAUAACAAUAACGAUGGAAGAAAUAACAAUGAAGCUCUCCGCCAAAUCUUGCAAGCUAACAGAGAAGACACAUUGCGCAGCUUGCUCCGAUUGAUUUCCGAAGACAGACAACAAUCCAGAGAUAAUGACCGCCGGCCCCAAUCCGAUUCAGAUUCAGACAGAUACUUGAAAGAUCGGGAGGACAGAGUCCGAGAUUUGUUGAGAUCCAGGAACGACAACGAAAAUCCUGGGAACGAUGACAGAUCACGCACAUUCAAUAGAGACCAGAUAAAUGCCCUUUCUAAUCGUAACGGUGAUGAUGAUAAUCAAUCAAACAACGCUAGAAACAACGAAGACAUAAUCCGGGAUUUGUUGAGAUCUAGAAACGACGAUGACACCAAUGAUGAUAGACCACGCACAUUUAACAGAGAUCAAAUAAAUACCCAUUCAAACCGUAAUAAUGAUGGCGAUGACCAAUCGAACAAUGGACGUAAUAACCGACUGCAAGCGGACCGAGAGGUUGGACGAAAUAAUCAAGACCAGCGAAGAAACAACGGUGAAGGCCGAAGAGACGAUCUCAGUGACUUAUUGAACGAACGAAGCUCGGACUGAAACUAAAUGAAUUAACGGAUUAUUGAUGGCAUCGACACGGCAAGAAAACAAUAUCGGAUUAACCAAUCAACAAACAUCCUGUUAUAUUAGAUAGAUCCCCUAGAUAGAACUCCUUCUGUAUGUCUUUCAAAUGAUUUCAAACCGUUAUCAUACUCCAUUACCUAACUUGGAAAAAUGCAAAAAAAUGAAUAUAGAAUCAGCCACGAUAGUAGCAAUAAAAAAUAAA